AUGAGAGUAGUCGUGAAAAAUCUACCAGAAACAACCAGUAAAUCCGAAAUAGAAAUACAUUUUGCAAAACAGGGCAAUGUGACCGAUGUCUACAUGCUCGUUAAUUCCAAAAACCAAUUUAGAAGAAUAUGCUUUAUUGGGUAUUCGUCAUCCGAAGAGGCUGUGAGCGCUGUUAAGUAUUUCGACAAUACGUACUUUAAAAACCAUAAAAUAAAAGUAGAGAUAGCACAAGAGGAGAGUAAGAAUGUAGAAGCGAACGAAACAAAACUAAGAAGAGCGCUAUAUUCUAAAACCAUCGUGGUCAAAAAUAUUGGUGAGGAUAUGAGUGAGGAUGCCAUUGCGGAAAGUCUAAAUAGCUAUGGAGCAGUUGAGAAUGUUCAAGUAGAAAAAAAGAAAAAUUCAUCUACUGGGCAUGCAAUCGCUAUAGUCAAAUUUAAGAGAGGGAGGAUGCUGAGGAAGCUUUUAAAAAUUUGA